AUGCCAGCAAGACCUGCUUGUCCAUCUUUUCUUGGUGGCGGAGGGGAAGCUGCCCCUGUGGACCCAGAGCAGGUAGGAGGAAGGGGCCAUGUGGGGAGAGAGGAUGUCAUGGACUGGUGGACACAGAGGAAUGGUGGGAGGAACCGCCAAGGAAGGAGGGUUGAAGGCUCAAAUAGGCUUCUAAGCAGUUCACACACCAUACCAAAGAGUGGCCAGGAUUCACCCCAUCAGUCCCACAAUGGGGCUUUCCCCCUCUCAUUCCCCUGCGCACCUUGGAGAUGUCUAUAGGGCUUCAGGAGGGUCCUCCCCACCCGGCCAGAACAGCACAGAGGGACAGAAGAAAGGGGGUCCCAUCCAUGUGGAAAACGGGAAUAUUUGUGCACAGGAUUUGAAGAAUGAUUUGAAGAACACUGUUAAUAGUUUCAUUCUCCAGUCGCUGGAUGUGUGAGUGUUGGAUCACAUGUCCUAUGUUUACAUUCCAUGCUUGGAAGCGUGAGAACGGAAGACAGUUCCUAUCACUUCCGUUCCCUUUGUUCUGUCUCUUGUUGUGCUUGCAUUUUUGAAUGUAUGUCUUGUUUGAAGUCCGGAGGAGUGGGUGCUGCUCUCAGCUCUGGACGGGUGAUAUUGGACACCCGCACUCAGGGGGAGACACACCAACAAACACCAGGUUCUGAAUACCCCUCGUUAAAAUACAGUGUUGCCUUUGGCUACGUUGCCAUCAGGUUAUGUAACCUUCCAGUUAUGAACGCGGAAAACCCAGAAGUACCAGACCAGGUUACUUCUGGGUUUCUCAAGUUACGCAGAAGUGGUAGACCGUCCCGCACGCAUGCGCAGAACAGGCACUUUGGGUUGCAGUAGUUUCCGGUUGCAAACGGCCUCCGGAACGAAUCCCGUUCGCAACCAGAGUCACCACUGUACACAAUGAAUAAUUCAUUAGCACAACAAAAUAUGCAUCCAUAAAAUGCGCAGAAAAAGAUUCCCAUUAAAACAGGACAUCAAUUAAGAGGCAGAAGACAACAAAGUGUAACAGUUCACCUUUAUUUGGUCUAAGAGGACAACCUUUUCCUUUUUCUUUUAGGGUCCAGUGUGCUUUGAAGAUGUAGCUGUCCAUUUCACAGACGAGGAGUGGGCGUUGCUGGAUCCUGACCAGAGAGCUCUGCAUAAGGAAGUCAUGGAGGAAAAUCGUCAGAUCUUGGACUCUCUUGGUAAGGCUUCCUCUUGGAUCAUCCUAUCUGCUUUGUAAUUCAAGACAUCUCUCUAUGGGAGGAACCUCUGAUAUUUUGAUGGGGCUCAACAGCGCCACCCACAGCACAUGGGAUGCUAACACUCCCACAGCAAACCUUGGAUGGAGGACUGUUGACUGCUUUCCCUGUGAAUAUUCUUCCUCCGGUUCUGCCUUUUCAAAGCAUGAAACCCAGCCAGGUGGGCAGAGUAUAAAUAAUAAUAAUAAUAAAAAUAAAAAUAAUAAUAAUAAUGCCUACCCCCCUCCAAGAUGGCCCCCUUUUGCUCUUGAAGGGCUGGUUUGUCUGCAGCCCCCACAGCCUCCCAUCAGGGCCCCUUCACGGGGGCAGAAGCAGAAGAAGGGCCUCAGGAAAGCAGCCAUGGCUCUGGCCAGAUGCACAGGAGGAGGAGGAGGAGCGCUGACCGCUCUCCUUCCCCCUCAGACUCCAUCCAUCAGCAGCCCCCAUCCCCUCACAGGGGCAGGGCCACCAGAGGUGCAAGGUGCUGAGCAGGGGGGAAGAUCCUCCAGGGCAGAUAAGACCCCCCCAUCCAUAUUUUUUUCAGGCUCCUCUAAACUGCCCAGGCCUUCUUAAAUGUAUCUUCAAAAUGAUUCAGGAAGUUGAAGUGGCUUCUGUCAGAUGUUUUAUUUCUGUUCUUCUAUCUGUCCUUGGCUGACUAAAGAGACGAGUGACAUUGGAGAUGGCUCAGAUCCCAUGAUUGGGCCAAACAAAAUCCGUCCCAGAAAAUAACCAGGCUUUUUGAAUCUCAGGCAGUGAACCCUGGAGGAAGACCUCACAUCUAGCUCCCUUCAGUUCUUUCCCUGUCACAAGCAUUAAUUAGCACUGCUCCCUAAUUUGGGACCAUCGGCUGUGGCGAGGACUGCAGGGCCUGCUCCCUUCCAAGGCCUUUCCCAACUGGCCUGGGGGACGUGGGCCAGGCCCACACAUUCUCAGCUACAAAAGGACUCCUGCUGCAGUGCCCAGAGGGUGGGGCUGGACUCACUGGAAGAAACUCUUGGGGAAGUGUGGAGUUCUUCUGCUAUUGCUUCCCUGUUCCAAGUGUCUAAUCUAAUGUGUUUUAAAAUGACCUUAAGCAGUCAGUGGCAUGUUAUUUUUCCUCUUCUCCCCCCCCCUUUUGCUCUGUUGGGGGGUGGGAUGGAGAACAACAACAACAACAAUUUAUUAUUUAUACCCCGCAAAUCUGGCUGGGUUUCCCCAGCUGUUCUGGGCGGCUUCCCACAAAACAUUAAAAUACAGUAGUCCAUCAAACAUUAAAAGCUUCCCUAAACAAGGCUGCCUUCAGAUGUCUUCUAAAAGGAUAUGUGGUUGGGGAUUCAUUUAGGUAUAACGUUGUUUUGUUUUGUUUUAUUGGUUGUUGUAUAGUUUGUGUUUUGUUUUUAAGGGGCGGGAUCAGGGCUGCCUGGGAGUGGGCCCCAGCCAACAGAAUGGCUGUGGCAAGUUCCACAGGGGGGGAUGCACUGGGACACCCAAUCUCAGUGAUCAUGGGCAGGAGGAGGAGUUACGCUAAGACCAGAACAUGUCAUUACCCAGGAGGCAGGCUUAGUUAUUGUUUGAAGACUAUCUCUGCCUCCAGGUCUGGUCUUGACUGGAUGGAUUCUGGAAUCAACAAGGGAAACCCACAUGACCUGAAGGUGCUGCUGUGCAAUGCUAGGUCAACGAUUCAUAAGACCACUGCCAUCCAUGACCUGAUUGUGGAUGGAGGACUUGACCUGGCAUGGGUAACAGACACUUGGUUGGAUGAAGCAGAUGGGCCUGUCCUUGCCGCCACUUCUCCACCAGGUUUCUCUUUUGCACAGCAACCCAGGUCAUGUGGGCGGGGAGGGGGGGUUGCAGUGAUAUUUAGGAAGUCACUAGUUUGCACCAGGCGUCCUAUUGGGAAGACCCAGUUCUCUGAGUGCAUGUUCUGGAAGUUGGGCAAUAGGGGCAGUACAGGAUUCCUUUUGGUGUACUGACCUCCCCACAGCACCAAGAAUUCCCUGCCCAAGCUGCUUCAGGUCAUGGCGGAUGUUCUCCUGGAGACACCUAGUUUGGUUGUCCUGGGGGAUUUUAACAUCCAUGCCGACACGGCCUUACAAGGGGCCGCUCGGGACUUCGUGGAAAGCAUGGCAUCCAUGGGGCUGUCCCUGAAUAACUUUGGCCCAACUCAUAGUCAUGGACAUGCCUUAGACCUGGUGUUUACCUCUAUGGAUGUUGGUGAUCUGACAUUGAGUAAAAGUGAAACAAAAGAAGUGCCAUGGUCAGAUCACUUCCUGGUGCAACUGGACUUCUCUGCGACCCUUCCCCUCUGCAGGGAGGUGGGACCAAUUUGGAUGGUCCGCCCCCGCCACUUAAUGGAUCCAAAUGGUUUCCAGAGAGUGGUAGGUGAUGCUUUAGCCCAUGUUGAUGGCCUUUCAGCUGAUUCCCUGGUGGCCCACUGGAAUGCAGAGCUAACCAGGGCUAUCGACUGUCUGGCUCCGAAGUGCCCUCUCUGAUUGCAUGGAGCCCGGACAGCCCCGUGGUUUUCUUCGGAGCUGAGGGCGAUGAAACAAUCGCUGAGACGGCUGGAGCGUCGGUGGCAGAAAACUCACUCCGAAUCUGACCGGACACAGGUUAGAGCUCAACGUCGAGCCUACCAAGUGGCGAUAGUGACGGCGAAGAAGACUUUCUUCACCGCCUCUAUUGCAUCUGCAGAAAACAGUAGCAGGAGACUCUUUCAGGUGGUUCGCAAUUUAACGGAACCACCUUUACCACCGGGGCCUUGUAAAGACCCCAAGAUCUCCUGCAACAAUUUUGCAAAGUUUUUUGCAGAUAAAAUCACUCAUAUUCGGAAGGAGCUAGACACCACCGUGGGAGCAGGGCCGGGGCGGGAGAGUGCUAGAGCCCUGUCUGGUCAAGUUGCAUGGAAUCAAUUUCAAUCCGUUACCCCCGAGGAUGUGGACAGGCUGCUUGGACGCGUGAAGCCAACCACCUGUCUCCUUGAUCCUUGCCCAUCCUGGCUAAUAAAAGCAAGCUGGGAAGGGCUGGGCGAUGGGCUCUGCGGGGUGGUGAAUGCUUCCCUCUGUGAGGGAACAUUCCCAGAUCCGCUGAAAGAGGCGGUCAUUAAACUGCUUCUUAAAAAACCAUCUUUAGACCCGGCCACGAUGGCCAACUAUCGCCCAGUCUCAAAUCUUCCAUUCUUGGGCAAGGUGACUGAGCACGUGGUUGCUGAACAACUCCAGGCACGCCUGGAGGAUGCGGACCAUUCGGAUCCCUUCCAAUCGGGAUUCAGGCCUCAUCGCAGGACUGAAACUGCCUUGGUCACGCUGGUUGAUGAUCUCCAGCGAGCUAGGGACAAAGGUGAGAGUUGUUUCCUAGUUAUGCUGGAUCUCUCAGCGGCCUUUGAUACAAUCGACCAUAACAUUCUUCUGGACCGUCUAGAGGGGCUGGGAGCUGGGGGCACUGUUAUACAGUGGUUUCGCUCCUUCCUCCUGGGCCGUGUUCAGAAAGUGGUCGUGGGGGAUGAGUGUUCAGACCCCUGGGCCCUCACUUGUGGGGUGCCUCAGGGUUCCGUCCUCUCCCCCAUGCUUUUUAACAUCUAUAUGAAGCCGCUGGGAGAGAUCAUCAGGGGGUUUGGACUGGGUAUCCAUCAAUAGGCAGAUGAUACCCAGCUCUACCUCUCUUUCAAAUCAGAACCAGUGAAGGCGGUGAAGGUCCUGUGUGAGUGCCUGGAGGCGGUUGGAGGAUGAAUGGCGGUUAAUGGAUUGAAGUUGAACCCUGACAAGACAGAAGUACUGUUUUUGGGGGACAGGGGGCGGGCUGGUGUGGAGGACUCCCUGGUCCUGAAUAGGGUAACUGUGCCCCUGAAGGACCAGGUGCGCAGCCUGGGAGUCAUUUUGGACUCACAGCUGUCCAUGGAGGUGCAGGUCAAUUCUGUAUCCAGGGCAGCUGUUUACCAGCUCCAUCUGGUACGUAGGCUGAGACCCUACCUGCCCGCAGACUGUCUCGCCAGAGUGGUGCAUGCUCUAGUUAUCUCUCGCUUGGACUACUGCAAUGCGCUCUACGUGGGGCUACCUUUGAAGGUGACUCGGAAACUACAACUAAUCCAGAAUGCGGCAGCUAGACUGGUGACUGGGAGCAGCCGCCGAGACCACAUAACACCGGUCUUGAAACACCUACAUUGGCUCCCAGUACGUUUCCGAGCACAAUUCAAAGUGCUGGUGUUGACCUUUAAAGCCCUAAACGGCCUCGGCCCAGUAUACCUGAAGGAGCAUCUCCACCCCCAUCGUUCUGCCCGGACGCUGAGGUCCAGCUCCGAGGGCCUUCUGGCGGUUCCCUCAUUGCGAGAAGCAAAGCUACAGGGAACCAGGCAAAGGGCCUUCUCAGUAGCGGCGCCCGCCCUGUGGAACGCCCUCCCAUCAGAUGUCAAAGCGAUAAAUAACUACCUAACAUUCAGAAGACAUCUUAAGGCAGCCCUGUACAGGGAAGUUUUUAAUUUGUGAUAUUUUGGUGUAUUUUUGGUUUCUAUGGAAGCCGCCCAGAGUGGCUGGGGAGACCCAGCCAGAUGGGCGGGGUACAAAUAAUAAAUUAUUAUUAUUAUUAUUAUUAUUAUUAUUAGUUACCUCUGAGGAUGUGGACAGGCUGCUUGGACGAGUGAAACCAACCACCUGUCUCCUUGAUCCUUGCCCAUCCUGGCUAAUAAAAGUGAGCCGGGAAGGGCUGGGUGAUGGGCUCUGUGGGGUGGUGAAUGCUUCUCUCUGUGAGGGAGCCUUCCCAGACCCAUUGAAACAGGCGGUUAUCAAACCGCUUCUUAAAAAACCAUGUUUAGAUGCUGCCAAUAUGGCCAACUAUCGCCCAGUCUCAAAUCUUCCAUUCUUGGGCAAGGUGAUUGAGCGGGUGGUUGCUGAACAACUCCACACACACCUGAAAGAAGCGGACCAUAUGGAUCUCUUCCAGUCGGGAUUCAGGCCUCAUCAUGGGACUGAAACUGCCUUGGUCGCGCUGGUCGAUGAUCUCCGGCAGGCUAGGGACAAAGGUGAGAGCUGUUUCCUAGUUCUGCUGGAUCUCUCAGCAGCAUUUGACACUAUCAACCAUAAUAUCCUUCUGGACCGCCUAGAGGGGCUGGGAGCUGGGGGCACUGUCAUACAGUGGUUCCGCUCCUUUUUCCUGGGCCCUGUUCAGAUCCCUGGGCUCUCACUUGUGGGGUCCCUCAGGGUUUUGUCCUCUCCCCCAUGCUUUUCAACAUCUACAUGCAGCCACUGGGAGAGAUCAUCAGGGGGUUUGGGCUGGGUGUUCAUCAGUAUGCAGAUGAUACCCAGCUCUACCUGUCUUUCACAUCAGAACCAGUGAAGGUCCUGUGUGAGUGCCUGGAGGCGAAUAGAUUGAGGCUGAAUCCUGACAAGACAGAAGUACUGUUCUUGGGGGACAGAGGGCGGCAGGUGUGGAGGACUCCCUGGUCCUGAAUAGGGUAACUGUGCCCCUGAAGGACCAGGUGCGCCACCUGGGAGUCAUUUUGGACUCACAGCUGUCCACGGAGGUCAAGGUCAAUUCUGUGUCCAGGGCAGCUGUCUACCAGCUCCAUCUGGUAUGCAGGAUGAGACCCUCCCUGUCCGCAAUCUGUCUCAUCCGAGUGGGGCUUGCUGUAGUUAUCUCCCGCUUGGACUACUGCAAUGCACUCUACUUGGGGCAACCUUUGAAGGUGACCCGGAAACUGCAAUUAAUCCAGAAUGCAGCAGCUAGACUGGUGACUGGGAGUAGCCGCUAGGACCAUAUAACACUGGUCCUAAAAGACCUACAUUUGCUCCCAGUACGUUUCCGAGUACAACUCAAAGUGUUGGUGCUGACUUUUAAAGUCCUAAAUGGCCUCAGCCCAAUAUACCUGAAGGAGCAUCUCCAUCCCCAUCUUUCUGCCCGGACACUGAGGUCCAGCACCGAGGGCCUUCUGGCAGUUCCCUCACUGCGAGAAGCAAAGUUACAGAGAACCAGGCAGAGGGCCUUCUUGGUAGUGGUGCCCGCCCUGUGGAAUGCCCUCCCAUCAAAUGUCAAGGAGAUAAAAAACUAUGUGACAUUUAGAAGACAUCUGAAGGCAGCCCUGUUUUGGGAAGUUUUCUAUUGUCUGACAAUUUAAUGUAUUUUAAUCUUUGUUGGAAGCCGCCCAGAGUGGCUAGGGGUACAAAUAAUAAAUUAUUAUUAUUAUUAUUAUUAUUAUUAUUAUUCCUGAGGCUCUGAUCUGUUUGCCACUUAGUUGCAGGUGGUGAUGAAUUGGAGAGGAAGAACGAGGGAGACCACAAAGAGAUCCACACAGUGGGGGAACUGUCUCAGGAUUCAGACUGUGGAGAGAGCUUCAGACAGAGCUCCCAUUCCACUUCCCAUCAAAGAAAUCUCCUUGAGAAGAAACCCCAUCAGUGCUUGGAAUGUGGAAAGAGAUUCAGACACCGAGGCCAGCUUGCUGUUCAUCAACUUAUUCAUACAGGGGAGAAACCCUAUAAAUGUUUGGAAUGUGGAAAGAGCUUCACUCAGAGCUCCCAUCUCACGACUCAUCAAAGAAUUCAUACAGGAGAGAAACCCUAUCAGUGCUUGGAAUGUGGAAAAAGGUUCCGUCAGAGACACAAGCUUACUGUCCAUCAGAGAAUUCAUACAAGGGAAAAACUUUAUCAGUGCCAAGAUUGUGGGCAGAACUUCAGAAAAAAGGACUGUUCCACUUCCCAUCAAAGAAUUAAUACAUGGGAGAAACACUAUCAGUGCUUGGAAUGUGGAAAGAGCUUCAGUCGAAAGGACAGUUUCACUUCCCACCAAAAAAUUCAUGCAGGGGAGAAACCUUAUCAGUGCUUGGAGUGUGGAAAGAGCUUCAGUCACGGCUACCAGCUAAGUGUCCAUCAAAGAAUUCAUACAGGGGAGAAGCCAUAUCAGUGCUUGGAAUGUGGAAAGAGAUUCACCCGGAGCACCAGUCUCACAACCCAUCACAUAAUUCAUACAGGGGAGAAGCCAUAUCAGUGCUUGGAAUGUGGAAAGAGCUUCAAUCAGAGUGCCCAUCUCACUUCUCAUCAUAGACUUCAUACAGGAGAGAAACCCUAUAAAUGUUUGGAAUGUGGAAGCAGCUUCAAUAGGAGCAGCAAUCUCACUUCCCAUAGAAUAAUUCAUACAGGGGAGAAACCCUAUAAAUGUUCGGAAUGUGGAAAGAGCUUCACCUGGAAAAUAAGUUUCACUUCCCACCAAAGAAUUCAUACAGGGGAGAAACCCUAUCAGUGCUUGGAGUGUGGAAAGAGCUUCAGUCACAGCUACCAGCUAAGUGUCCAUCAAAGAAUUCAUACAGGGGAGAAGCCAUAUCAGUGCUUGGAAUGCGGAAAGAGUUUCACCCGGAGCACCACUCUCACAACCCAUCACAGAAUUCAUACAGGGGAGAAACCCUAUAAAUGUUUGGAAUGUGGAAGCAGCUUCAAUACAAGCAGCAAACUCACUUCCCAUCAAAGAAUUCAUACAAGGGAGUAA